CUUCACUCAUAUCCGGGAGGUGGCGUACGGGAGGGUGUGUCUUGUGUACUGCUUGUGUGUUUAAUGGCUUGUACACUUUCCCCAAUAAGCUCUUGCUCUGAGAGACGUAGCCAUGCUUCACUUCGUAACUUGGUGUUAAAAACGAGACGCUAGGCGGUGGGUGUUUGCUCUCUUGUCUAGUCUUUCCGGUGAUGUAGAGCGCUAGGUUGUGCAGCAGCUCGGAGUCAUGGAGAAGGACUCUAUCGGUCAGAGCGGUCUCUCCUGCUGUGGUAUCAGACUGUCACUGCUGCUACUGGUGACGAUGAGACUGGCGGUGGUCAGUUCAAAGGACAACAACCUGUACACAGUAUCAGAGUUGUGCCAGGACUCGUUUAUGAAGCAACACAACCGCAUGAUAGAAGGUGCGGUGCUGGCGUCGAGGGGUGAAAGGAACCUGAAGUGUGAAGUCACCUUCCAGACGGCCUCCGUGCUCCAAAGGUUCAUGCUAAGGUUUGAAAGGCUGCAACUGGAUUGUAACGACCACCUCUAUAUCUACGAUGGUGCCCAUGUAACAGAGCCACACAAGGCGGACCUGUCUUGCCGGAGCACGCUACAGAACGUCGGCACCCUUUACACACAGAGCAAUUUCGUCACCCUGAAGUACGUCACAGAUCAGUGGGGACCCAAGGACAACGGCUUCAGGCUCCUUAUCACAGCUUUCAAGGACAAGAAACACACCUGUCUCCAUUUCCGCUGUGAAACGACUAACUUCUGUGUGGACCGCGAGCUGACAUGUGAUGGAGUGAACCACUGUGGUGACGGUAGUGAUGAGUCCACCAACCUGGCCCGCUGCCCUCCCACGCCUUUGAACGAGGUGUUGGGUGUGUCUGGUGCCCUCCUUGUGACUAUUGUAACCUCCGUGGCCCUCCUAUGCUGUGCUUGCGGCGUGGGUGUAGUGGUGUGUGUUUACAGGAGAAACAGAGCAUUGCAUCAGCCACCACCUCAGUCGCAAGGUUAUCCCAUAGAGGUCGGCGGGACAAUGGGGACAAAUGGUACCUUUGGAAGUGUCAUGGUAGAAAAGCCUCCACCUUAUCCUGGAGCACCUCAGCACACCUCCGUCAAUCCCCCAGACACCAGCCCGGGAAACCUGUGUCGCCCUUCGGCAGGGGUGGGGUGCAGUACGCGUCAAAUGUUCAACGUUCUCUUCUGCCUGUGUCAGUGAGAGCGUCCGGCUCUGAGAGCGAUGUAUCUUCCACUCAGAAAGAAGAGUGGUUUGUAUAGGUGGAAACGAACGAGCGUACUAUACUCCCCUGUCGCAGGGCUGCCUCCAGAUGUCCACCAGCUGCUCCCCAGAUGGACAUCCACCUCUCUCUCUCUCUCUCUCUCUCUCUCUCUCUCUCUCUCUCUCUCUCUCUCUCUCUCUCUCUCUCUCUCUCUCUCUCUC